CACAGCGGAUCACGGAAAGAGCCGAAGAUGUUGGCUCGGUCAUGUGAUCAGCUGUGUCCAAUCACAGCUGAUCACAUGACACGUGUACACUGAUCAUCAGGGCACUGAUGAUCAGUGUGCCCUGAUGAUCAGUGUGGCCCAAGAAGUGCCACCUGUCAGUGCUCAUCAAUGCCACGUGCCAGUGCCCAUCAGUGCCACGUGCCAGUGCCCAUCAGUGCCACAUCAAUGCCACAUAUCAGUGCAUACUACUGCACUUCAAUGCCACAUAUCAGUGCCCAUCUGAGCUGCCUUUCAAUGUCCCCCAUCAGUGCCAGUCAGUGCUACCUAUCAAUGCCAAUCAGUGACACCUAUCAGUGCUGCCAAUCAGUGCCACCUAUCAGU